CAAUGUUUUGAGGCAAUCUCCAUUAAUAGUGUAAUAUAAACACUGCUGUUUUAAUCGCGCAGUAAUAUUGGUACUAUUUUUACUUGAACAGAACGGUGAAAUAAAUAAAUUUCAAAUUGUUUUCUUUAGAAUAAAAAAAACAAGAUUGUCAAGCUAUUAUGUCCAUAUACAAAGAUAUACCUUAUUUAUUUGUCAUAUUAAGGUGGUAUAUUUCUUUUGAGUUCUUAGAGAUUGUACGACAAAAGCAAAAAAAAAAAAAAAAAAAAAAUAAAAAUAUUAUUAAAGCAUUUAUUACCAUAAACUAUCAUAUCGAGUAACAUCAGUAUAAGAAAAUUAUUUCAAGGACUAAUAUUAUUCAAAAAUGAUAAGAAAGAGGAAACAGAUAAUAACCAAUGAAGUUGGGCGGAAGCAGUCUCUCCGCCUCUUUAAUGCCGUCAUCAACAAAUUCAAAAAGUUAAAAUAUCUAUCUGCAGUUAAACAAGAAGUCAUUUUUAUUUUCAAAAUAUAUUUGUGCCUUUUAAUAUUUUUGUUGUAUAAUAUUUCUAAAAACCUUUUAAUACAGUGGAAAAGUGGAGCAAUUAUAUUUUUCAAAAUAAUAUGAAAUAUAUAAAUAUUACUUUAUUAAUCGCAUUAUUGCAGUACUCUGUAAACGCAGUAGAUGUAUCAAUUUCAAAUAAAUGUUCACCAGUUCGUUUAAAAAAUGGAAGAGUACGUACCAGAGGACGAGGAAAGAUCAUCAGAUUUAGUUGUUAUGAAGGAUUUAUACUUAUUGGCAAUAAGUACGCAACUUGUAUUCGCGGAGAAUGGGACAUGCCCACACCUAUAUGUGUUAAUUCACAGUGCUCUGAUCUUGCUAAACCAGAACAUUCUCUCGUUGUUCCAAGAUAUGAUGGUGCUAUUCUUUUAUAUUUUUGCGAACCUGGAUACAGAUUAAUCGGAACAACUGAAAUAUAUUGCGAUGGACGGCAAUGGAAUGGGUCAAUACCUUAUUGCCGAGAUACCUCUGCAAUUGCACCAACAUCUUGUGACUUUGAGAAAUCUGAUCUCUGUUGGUGGGAACAAGAUCCGAAACAUGAUUUCGAUUGGAGAAGACAUAAUUUUGAAACACCAAGUGCCCAUAUAGGUACUGGUCCUACUUAUGACCAUACUUUAGGCCCAGGAAACGAUGGUCACUAUUUAUACAUAGAAGCAUCUGGCCGUCUUGUAAAUGAUACAGCUAGAAUUAUGUCACCUAUAUACAAUUCAUCACUAACUCGUUACGGAUGCUUUUCCUUCUGGUACCACAUGUAUGGAGAUACAAUAGGAGCUCUACGAGUUUACUUUAAACAAGAAACCGAAUCUAAAGCAAAACUUAUGUUUAACAAAGAAGGCAAUCAAGGCAAUCAAUGGAUCAAUGAAGUUUUUCGUUUACCAGAAACAGAUAACAAUUUCCAGAUUAUAAUAGAAGGAAUAAGGGGCAGUAAUUAUGUGAGCGACAUAGCGGUGGAUGAUGUUGCAAUUUUACAAGAAAACGAAUGUCAGCAUAGGAAUAAUUCAAUUAAUAUGACUUCUGAUGAUGAUCAAAUUGAAAUUCAAAAUGCAGCACAAAGUUGUCGUGGAAGAUGUGUAUAUGACAACAACCUACUUAACAAUAAUUCAUUCCCUGGAGUUUACUCUUGUCGCUGUACAUUAGAUUGUGCAGAGAAUUCAACUUGCUGUCCAGAUUAUGCAGAAUAUUGCAUUUUAGAUACUUUUAGUGAAACAGUUAAUGUUGCUGAUAGUACUACUAUACUGUCUUUCGAGUCGACUAAUGCACAAGGAAAAGAUGAUGAUGAUGAUGAUAUUCAUAAUAGAACAAUCAACUUUUUUUCAACUAAAACAUUUAAAACACCAUCAACUGUAACUAUUUCAACAACAACAUUAUUCAAAUUUACAACAGAAAAAAUAGGUACAAUGGAAAAUUCUUUUGUGACAAAAAAAUACAAUACAAUUGAGUUUUUACCUAUAACAAUAAGUGCUGACAACGUUAAUACUUUAAAAAUUGAAACAGGCUAUCAAAAAAAUGCUUCUGCAACAAAAUUUUUCCAAAAUAUAGAUUCUACAACAAACCAGUUACCUGGAAUAAUCGGUGCAAUAAUUGGAAUUGUUGCUGGUGUCAGCAUGUCUGUCAUAUUUAUAUUAUUUAUUUAUAAAAAACGGCAGUCAUAUAAAAGGGGAAAAAAUGGUUCUACUUUAUCUGAAGAUAGCGAAGUUAGAUUUUUAACAUCAGAUGAGAUUUUAGAUUUUAAUAUUGCAAAGCCAAACGAUUACAAUGAAAUGUAAUAGUCUUUAAUACAGAAAAUAUUUAUAUACAAAUUCAACACUCUCUUAUUUCAAACAUACGAUUUCAAAUACACUGAGAAAAAAGCAGAAUAGUUGUGUGGUAGCCAUUUUUUACAAAAUUAUUGUUGGUUAAUAAACUAUGAUGCUGCUAACUUAUUGGUUGAUGUUACCAUUUUUUUUAUUAAUGUAAACUUGACAAUUUUAUUAAUUUAUUCAGCUACUUUUUUGUUGGUCCAUACCUAUUUUAAUUAGUAACAUUAUACCAACUAUAAAUAUUAAUAGUAAGUAAUAAAAAUUGGCAGCUCCGUUGUUACUAACUAAAUAGUAGUCACAACUAUUAUUCAUUUCUCUCAGAGUGUAGUAAAAACUUUUUCAUCAAAGAUUUUUAGUAAUGACGCAACUAAUAAAGAUUAGCUUAUUGCUGCAAAAUUGACUAAUAAGAAAUGUAUACAAGUUUUUCUCAGCUAUAUUGCGUAAUGGAAGUAAGCCAGUUUUAUAUCAAUAAAUUUAUAAAUGUUUAUUUUUGAAUCAGAAUUAACAACAAAAGAAUGUCAAUGAAAAUUUAUAAUGAUUGGACUUUUUUGUUAAUUCGCAGUGUCAACACCCAAACGUCAGAGAAAAUGUUGAAAAUAACCAUUAACAAAAGAAUUUUUUUUAGGUUUAGGUUAUAUUUUACUUGAAUCGUUUUUUAAUGAUGGAAAAUAAUUCGGCUUAUAUAUUUACAAUGUUCUAAUAAAUGAAGAAAUAUAAGCUUAGAUUUAAGCAAAAAAUAUAACCUAAAAAUACACUUACCUUUACUUUG